AUGGUCGCGUUUUUCGAUGAUUUACCUGAUCUAACAUUGCUCGAAAUAUUGUCUUAUCUAUCUUGUGCAGAUGCUUUAUGGACAUUCAGUACACUUAAUAGCCGUCUAACAAUGUUAUUACUUGAACGAGGCGUCAAUCGUCAUGUUAAUUUGUCAUCUACUCAAUAUUAUCAAUUUCAAAAACUUUUACCUUUACUUCGAUUAAAUGAAAUAGAUUCACUUAUUAUUGACUGUUAUGCAUCAGCUCUUCAACUGACAAAAUGGCCCUAUUUACCUCAUUUAAAAAAACUACAAAUAAAAGAAUGGACAUUACUAGAUAUGUUGACUUCGACAAGAGUUAUGCCUAUUUUACGACGAAUGACUUUUUCUAUUGUUAUUAAUGCUGUUGAUCUGAAUCACAUGAAUCAUUCAGCCAUCUUCACUGACUACCGUCAUGUUGAUGUUCAUUAUGCAUUUAUUUUCGAUGAUAAUCGAUCACAUAGUGAACUUAGCAAAUUUGUACCAUAUAGUAGUCAAUCUCAUCCGCGAGAGAUAGCUAGUGGAACGUUUAUUUCUGAAUGUUGGCCUGAUAGUCAAUCAUUCAAAACUCCUGGUGAAAAAUAUGGAAAAAAACCGAAAAAUCGACAACACCUCUUUUACACAUUACCAUGGACCUUUAAUGAAUUUCAAUUAUGUGUUCCAGAUAGAUGUAUUAGUGAAUUACAAGUAUUUACAUCAUUUUCAUCGGGAAAUAAAACUUUUUAUUCUCGUCUUCGCAAAGAAAAAAUUCAUAAUAAACAAAAUGGCACAUUUGACUAUUAUUUAUUUGCUCGUUCAAUAAAUCGUCAUUCGGAUUUAGUAACUAAAGAAGCUAGUGAUGAAUAUUUACAAAAUGAAGCUUAA